UGUCUGCAGUCACCAUGUGCUGUGGCUGUGACGGUUCUCCGUCAACUCUGUGUCACUGUGUCCUGUGACUCCUGUCCUGUGAGUAGUGUGUGACAUUUUGUCUGCUGUUGUCUUUUCUAAUAUCUAAUAAAUUCUUUUUCAUUUUAAUUGUGCCUAAAAUUGGUGCUGAGGAGCUCAAGUAUAAAACAACCAUAUUCCAGUAGUGUCUGUAUGCUCAAGAAAAGUGAAUCUCUAACUAGUGAUACGUGAGUGUUUUGGAGAAGUUGAGAACAGAUUUCUCAAGUCGAGCUUUAUACGAGAUGUCGACGAGGACGGGCGCGGCGCAGCGGCCGAACGGCUCCACGCAGGGCAAGAUAUGCCAGUUCAAGCUGGUGCUGCUGGGCGAGAGCGCCGUCGGCAAGUCCAGUCUGGUGCUGCGGUUCGUCAAGGGCCAGUUCCACGAGUACCAGGAGAGUACGAUCGGCGCCGCCUUCCUCACGCAGACCGUCUGUCUCGACGACACCACCGUCAAGUUCGAGAUAUGGGACACUGCCGGCCAGGAGAGAUAUCACAGCCUAGCCCCCAUGUACUACCGAGGCGCCCAGGCAGCUAUCGUCGUGUACGACAUCACCAACCAGGACACCUUCGGCAGGGCCAAGACGUGGGUAAAGGAGCUGCAGCGGCAGGCCAGUCCAACGAUCGUGAUCGCCUUGGCGGGCAACAAGCAGGACCUCGCCAACAAGCGCAUGGUCGAGUACGAGGAAGCGCAGACGUACGCCGACGAGAACGGCCUGCUGUUUAUCGAGACGUCAGCCAAGACGGCGAUGAACGUCAACGAUAUAUUUCUCGCAAUAGUAGAUGAGCUUGACGAAAAUGUGGAGGUUCCAGGUCCAAAUUCAAAUAAACUGUCGAAAUUCAGCUUGUUGAACAAAACUGUUGGCGUUCUUUCCAAAGCACUCUUCGCAAAAAUAGUGUUUCCAAUUUCGAUCAACAGGAAAGAUUCGAUCAUAUCGUGUGAUCCAUCAUUGUAA